GCAGAGCCCACGAGCAGAGCGAGGGGGUCCGGGACGAGCUCGGGCUCCGGCUGCCUCGCGCUUCCCCGACUCGGCUGCCUCCGCCCCCCCGGGGGUCGCUAGUCCACGAUGCCGCGGGGCCCUGGCUCGCUGCUGCUGCUAGUCCUCGCCUCGCACUGCUGCCUGGGCUCGGCGCGUGGGCUCUUCCUCUUCGGCCAGCCCGAUUUCUCCUACAAGCGCAGCAACUGCAAGCCCAUCCCGGCCAACCUGCAGCUCUGCCACGGCAUCGAGUACCAGAACAUGCGGCUGCCCAACCUGCUGGGCCACGAGACCAUGAAGGAGGUGCUGGAGCAGGCGGGUGCCUGGAUUCCGCUAGUCAUGAAGCAGUGCCACCCGGACACCAAGAAGUUCCUGUGCUCGCUCUUCGCCCCUGUCUGUCUCGACGACCUAGACGAGACUAUCCAGCCGUGCCACUCGCUCUGCGUGCAGGUGAAGGAUCGCUGCGCCCCGGUCAUGUCCGCCUUCGGCUUCCCCUGGCCCGACAUGCUGGAAUGCGACCGUUUCCCGCAGGACAACGACCUCUGCAUCCCCCUCGCUAGCAGCGACCACCUCCUGCCGGCGACAGAGGAAGCUCCGAAGGUGUGUGAAGCCUGCAAAACUAAAAACGACGACGACAAUGACAUCAUGGAAACUCUCUGUAAAAAUGAUUUUGCACUGAAAAUCAAAGUGAAGGAGAUAACCUACAUCAACAGAGACACCAAAAUCAUCCUGGAGACGAAGAGCAAGACCAUUUACAAGCUGAACGGUGUGUCUGAAAGAGACCUGAAGAAAUCGGUGCUGUGGCUCAAAGACAGCCUGCAGUGCACCUGUGAGGAGAUGAACGACAUCAACGCGCCCUAUCUGGUCAUGGGACAGAAACAGGGCGGGGAGCUGGUGAUCACCUCAGUGAAGCGGUGGCAGAAGGGCCAGAGAGAAUUCAAACGCAUCUCCCGCAGCAUCCGCAAGCUGCAGUGCUAAUUUGCUAGUGGGGUGGCUUCUGACUAGCCAGGCCCAGGGCUCCAUGGACCACUUCCGCUCUGCGAACUCACUUCCGGUUUCCCAAGCACAACCCCGAAAGCUCCAACUCCAACUUGCCUUGCCUCUUGCAUGUGUGUGUGUACCCCCAACAUUCCCUGAGUUAUAAGGCCCCUAGGCGGCCUCGGGAAUGGAUAGCUGUCUUCACAUAAAGCGAAAGCCCGUCCAGAUCUUGUAGAAAUAUCCGAACUAAUAAAAUCGUGACUAUUUUUAUGAAGUUUUAAAACAGCUCAUUUUAAGGUUAGUUUUGAAUAGGUAGUACUGCGACCUGAGAGGCAUGUUCCCUCUUUGGUCAGUCCGUUGGUUUAUACUGUGCACUCAGAUUGCCCCGUCAGGCAAGUGUUUGAUUUUUCUCCGUGGGUCUACACUUGUGGGUCUCAGACUUGGUUGAGAUAAAGCUGGCUGUUAUCUCAACCUCUUCCUCAGCUCCAGCCUCGGCGGCGUCUAAGUCUCAAAACCCUUCAUUGCUCAUUUUACACCCUCCUUAACUUCGACUGUUGCAUGCAUCCCAUCAAUUUAUAAGAGUACAAUUAACCAUUCCUCAUUGCAUGAUGCCUUCAAAUAAAGGCGAAGUAAAUACAGUUUACAAAUUGACUUGAGUAUUUUAAACUUUGUUUGAAACAUUUUUUUACUCUUAUUUUUUUUUUCCAGUUUUGCAAAUUAAAUCAUUGUAGCUUACCUGUAAUAUACGUAGUCGUUUACCCGGAAAAGUUGUAAAAAUAUUGCUUUAACCAACACUGUAAAUAUUUCAGAUAAACAUUAUAUUCUUUGUAUAUAAACUUUGCACCCUGUUACACCUA